GCAGUCUUAAGGUCGACUCUAGGACCGCGCGGAUGCGGACUGGCCACCCCGCAGAGCCUAACCGGGCCUUGGCAGCCUGAGUCACCCGCCCCGCCCUGCGGAGCCGGACGCAGCUGGAGGCCCCAGAGCUACACGGACAAGCGGACCGGCGGACGCGUGAGCGAAGCGGAAUCUUGAGUCACAGCCAUGUUCCUGGUUAACUCGUUCUUGAAGGGUGGCGGAGGCGGCGGAGGAGGCGGGGGCCUGGGCGGGGGUCUAGGGAAUGUGCUUGGAGGCCUUAUCAGCGGGGCCGGAGGCGGCGGCGGCGGCGGCGGCGGCGGCGGCGGCGGCGGCGGCGGCGGCGGAACUGCCAUGCGCAUCCUGGGCGGGGUCAUUAGCGCCAUUAGUGAGGCGGCUGCGCAGUACAACCCAGAGCCCCCGCCCCCUCGCACACAUUACUCCAACAUCGAGGCCAAUGAGAGUGAGGAGGUCCGGCAGUUCCGGAGGCUUUUUGCCCAGCUGGCUGGAGAUGACAUGGAGGUCAGCGCCACGGAACUCAUGAACAUUCUCAACAAAGUGGUGACCCGACAUCCUGAUCUGAAGACUGAUGGCUUUGGCAUUGACACAUGUCGCAGCAUGGUGGCCGUAAUGGAUAGUGACACGACUGGCAAACUGGGCUUUGAAGAAUUCAAGUACUUGUGGAACAACAUCAAAAAGUGGCAGGCCAUAUACAAACGGUUUGAUGUUGACUGUUCAGGCACCAUUGGCAGCAGUGAACUCCCAGGGGCCUUUGAGGCAGCAGGAUUCCACCUGAAUGAACAUCUCUACAACAUGAUCAUCCGACGCUACUCAGAUGAGGGAGGGAACAUGGAUUUUGACAAUUUCAUCAGCUGCCUGGUCAGACUGGAUGCCAUGUUCCGUGCCUUCAAAUCUCUCGACAAAGACGGCACUGGACAAAUCCAGGUGAACAUCCAGGAGUGGCUGCAGCUGACCAUGUACUCCUGAACGGGAGCCCCAGGCCUGCCCCCUCAUCACCUCGCUGUAGGAGUCACUUUGGACUCUUCGGUCUCCCCCAGGGCUGAUUCUGUCUGCAGUCACAUCUUCAUGGGUCCUGCUGACCCACAGGCCUUUCUGUCCUCUCAGCCCUUGGCACCUGGAUUCUCAGUCAACAGCCAGGGCCCAACAUGCUUCAACACGCCUUGCCCCUCGAGUCACACCCCCACCCAGCACACCCAUCCCGUCUACUCCAUAACCCUUCUCUUGCACCUGUGCCAAGCCCAACAUUUGUGUGGCUUCCACACCCCAAGGGCCCUUCUCUUAGUUCUGGGAGGAUCACUCCAGUCCCUCCACACCCAGGCACACUCAUUCAGUUACCACCCAGGCACCUGAACUCCAGGCCAAAACAGGGCCACAUGCCCCAGUGCCUUUGUCUAUAUUCUGCUCCCAGCCUGCCAGGCCCAGAAGGAAAUAAAUGCACCCUAGUUGCUGCUCUCUCCGA